UUAUUCUCAGUUUAGUUAAUACAUCCAGCCAUACAUUUUUCAUUCUUUUCUAUUUUUUUUUCAAAGAGUUCAAUUGACUAGAGUAACCCAAUUUUUUUCAGUGUAAAGUUAGAAGAAAAAUUAGGAGUUAUUGACAUUGUCGAACAAUUUCUGGAUGAAGAUGGGAUUCAUGAAAGAAAAGAAUAUUUAGUCAAGAAUGAAGGAAUUAUCUCAAGAGAAGACGAUGCAAAUCUAUUAACUCGAGGAAUUUCUUCUCGAGUUGUAGAUCCACCGAGGAAUAACUCUGAACCGGUCCUUCUGGAGCAGAAUGAACUUCAUGAAUGUCAGAUGGGUAACCUUGGAAUUCAUCUGAAAGCUAAAGAAAACAAGUUUCGUAUAUGCCAGUAUUUCACAAGUGGAAAGGACCACCUAAAAGUCCAUUUCGACAAUGCUCAUUCAGAUAUCAAGGAUCAUAAGUGCCACAAUGCUGCUAGUUCGAAAAGUAACCUUGACAGACAUACAAAGACAGUUGAUUUAAAUGUCAAAAAAUACAAAUGUCACUUAUGUGAAUAUGCCACUGCUGUUAAAGGAAGCCUUAAAGUACAUAUAGAGGGGGUUCAUUUAAAUGUCAAAAAAUACAAAUGUCACUUAUGCGAAUAUGCCGCUGCUUUUAAAGGAAACCUCGAAACACAUAUAGAGGGGAUUCAUUUAAAAAACAAGAAACACAAGUGUCAUAUGUGCGAUUAUGCUUCUUAUUUGAAAAGUCACCUUCACAGACAUAUCAAGUUGGUUCAUUUAAAUGUCAAAAAAUACAAAUGUCAAUUGUGUGAUUAUGCCACUGCUGAAAAAGGAAGCCUUGAAGUACAUAUGGAGGGGGUUCAUUUAAAUGUCAAAAAAUACAAAUGUCAAUUGUGUGAUUAUGCCACUGCUGAAAAAGGAAGCCUUGAAGUACAUAUGGAGGGGGUUCAUUUAAAUGUCAAAAAAUACAAAUGUCACUUAUGUGAAUAUGCCGCUGCUCUUAAAAGAAGCCUUAGAGUACAUAUAGAGGCGGUUCAUUUAAAUAUCAAAAAAUACAAAUGUCACUUAUGUGAAUAUGCCGCUACUGAAAAAAGAAGCCUUGACAGACAUAUAGAGUCAAUUCAUUUAAAUGUCAAAAAAUACGAAUGUCACUUAUGUGAAUUUGCCACUGCUAUUAAAGGAAGCCUCAAAGUACAUAUAGAGGGGAUUCAUUUAAAUAACAAGAAACACAAGUGUCAUAUGUGCGAUUAUGCUUCUUAUUUAAAAAGUCACCGUGACAGACAUAUAAAGUUGGUUCAUUUAAAUGUAAAAAAAUACAAAUGUGACAUAUGUGAAUAUGCCACUGCUGCGAAAAAAAGCCUAAAAGAACAUGUAGAUUCAGUUCAUUUAAAUGAAAAAUAAAUACAAAUGUGAAUAUGCCACCGCUGUAAAAAGAAGUACAUAUAAUGUCGGUUCAUUUAAAUAACAAGAAAAACAAGUGUCACAUAUGCGAUAAUGUUUAUAUCGAGAAACGGAAAAUUUUUUGUGUUUUAA